UCUCUCUCUCUGGUUCGAUAUUCCCUCCUCCGCCAGCACCUGAAACUGCAACUCUCUCUCUAUACCCUUGUCCGGUUUUUCCGUUCUUGGCAAAUUCGAAGACGAGCCCACUUCCGGAUACACGAUCUUAGGCCGACCCGUCAAGUCGAACCCCGACGUAAUCUCGCCGCUUCGCUCCACCGAGCCGUUGAAUCGCUUGUGUCCGGGGGGGUUUCAAGAUUUGCCUUGGGGGGGCAAUCGCCUGUUCCGUCUUUGCAGACUUCCAGGCGAGAAGAAAUGUGCCCACAAUGAUCACCCCAGCAGCGAACCGCCUCCUUUGUCCUCUCUCGAAAGCAAUCUUUGUUAUGGAUUGAUGAAGGCAUGAGUUGAAGAAAUCCUUGUUGUCCCAACUGCUCAACAGUGCUUCCAUGGAUGGCAAAAGCUCAUCUGAGUUGAGCCUUCCCUGGUUCUGGAUUAUUGAGUAUUUGGCAAAAUUCGAGCAAGUUAAGCCAUCCCUCUUACAUGGUAUCAUUAAAGCGGCUCCAGAGUUACCUGCUCACUUGGGAAAAAAUAUGGAGGAAGUUGUUUCUUUGAGAUGCUUGGAGGAGUUAUGUGGUUUUAGAAAUGGAAGUGUGAACAGUACUUUGUCCUCAUUGGGAUCAAAGGCGAAAAUUGAUACAUCAAAGAGCUGCAAAAAUGUCCUACAGUAUAUGUUCCAUAAUGGCUCUGCAUCUGAUCUUGAAGUGACUGCAAAUGAGUUGUUGAAAUGGGACCUUCACUCAUUUUUAAUGCACAAGAGAACCUCUAUGCCAAAAACUGCUCUAGAGGAGCUGAAAGAUACAAUACUUGCAGGUACUCAUCCACAUGCUGAUUUUUUAAACAAAGAGGGUAGAUUGGCAGAUGUUUGUCAUUUGAAUAGGACUGUCAUUCAUAAUGGUGGACAUACUGGUUUUACAUGUGCGCCUGAUGUGGGAGACACAUAUGCUCCUAACACAGUUGAUGAACCAAACUUGGUUUCUCGACCCACUAAUCAUGUGGAGCCCUUGGUAGGAGAUGAUGGUAUUAGGAUGUGUCUUCCCGCAAAGAGGAACAAUACUGAUGUUCAUGCUGAAAAUAUCGAAAGGAAUUGUAAUAAGGAUCAACAUCAUGAUGCUCAUUCAGAUGCUAAAAGGGCCAAACAGCAAGAUUCUGACGAAAUAAAGGACAGAGAAGAAUCACCAGUUGUUCUAACUGGAAGAUUAGGUUUCGAGAGAAAUGAUGGAUGUUCUGAUAGAGAGAUGGCUAACCUUGUCAAGGAUCAUAUGGGGGCUGUGGAUGACGACCAGUUGUUAGAGGGAGAUGGGAGGCAUUAUGUUCAGCCAAAGACUUGUGAUGUACUUUCCGACGGAAUGGAGCGGGGGUUUUCCGUUAAUGAUCCCAAACGCGUCCAUGACUCCAUAGAGAAAACAAAGAACAGCGAAUCAGCUCGAGCAUCGGAGUGGGGGCAGACUUUUACCAGUAACGCAAAAGAUUACGUGGUCCACGUUGUUGGGGAGGAUGUGUCCAGUGAUGGUGAUGAAUAUAGAAAAGAGGAGAUGGAUGUUACGAUGAAAAAGCAUGAAUUCUUAUACUCUCAGUCUCAGUGUCCAUCACCUCGCAAUGCGUUUGUAAUGGUUGAUUGGAGUGAGCAAAAUGUUUGUAUGAAGUGUAAUGAAGGUGGUCAAUUGUUAGUUUGUAACACCAGCAGUUGCCCUUUGAUGGUUCACGAGAACUGUGUGGGCUUAUCAGCUAUGUUUGACAACAACAGUCUGUUUUACUGUCCAUUUUGUGCAUAUUCUAUUGCCAUUUCUGAAUAUCAUGAUGCCAAGAAGGAGGCCUCUUCGACAAGAAAAAACUUAUCUGCCUUUAUUCGUGCUGGACUCAAGCACCACCAAGAGAAUUUGGAUCAGAUGGAACAGAAUCUGUCAGGAAAUGGAACUAGUGAGAUUGAUAGAGUAAAUGGACAUAAUGAAGUGGAUGUGAAUGGCUGUCGUUUUCAGGGGAAUGAUAGUGAUGGAGAACAAACUGAUCCUUUUCAGCGAUGUAAUGAUGGUGAUGCUGAUUUACCAAUUAGAGAAGAGGAAGAAAUGGUCUGUGGUGGAGCUUCUACCGAUGCUGUGGAAUUCUUGGAAGGGAAAAGGAAUAGGGAAAACACAUCGAACCUGGUUGAGACAACUCCUACUCUGGAAAAGCAGAAGGAAGAGAACAUGAUGCAAGAACGACCGUCAGGGCAAGUAGUUGAAAGAGAACAGGACCAAGUAUUGGAAAACAACCUGUUCAUUAAUGGAACUGUUGCUUAUAAGAACACUUAUAUUGUCCCUGUGAAUCAGAGAGAUGAAGUUAGAGGUGAGCAAGAUGUUCUCAGUAAGGAUGCCACUGAUACACCUGAUGGAGGUGCUUGUGCUAAUAUUACUGCAGAGGAAACUUCCGAAGAUGAAGAUAAUGAAACAUCCAUAGCCAAUUACAGAAUCAGUUUCCGAGGGCAAAGAAAUCUGGAGGAAGCCUCUGCAAAUCCUCUCCCUAUGCAAAAUGAAGCUCCCUUGAUGGGGGAGGAGGAACAGACUCCAGAGCCUACUUUACAGCCAGAACCAAGUUCGGAGUCUCCACCUUCUGGACAGCUCAGACCUUCUUCCCCACCAUUACUGUCUAGACACAUCUCAAGAUUCCCAUUUAGGGGAAGGAGGUGUUUGAAGACUUAUGCAAGUUCUGUGGUCCCUAGAAGAAGUGCAAGAAUCAGAUCAUUUGCUCAGCCAAGUCCAAAAAGGACCGAAGACAAUGCAUGUGAAGUUAUAGAAAUAGAUUGACUAACGUAUGUCCAACAAUAGAAAUGGAUUGAUCAAUGUCAUGCCUUUGGGGUGCCUGUCUUAUAGCGGCUGAAAUCCUUUUUAGUUGUACAUAGCAGCAUUUAGUUAUAGUUCGUGGAUCCGUUUGUAAAUGGCCAUCAUUUUAUGAUAUUUGCUGGAUCCUUUUAGUACUUAGUAGCGCUUAAGAUUAAAUGCAGCUGGAUUUUUGAGCUGUUGGAUGGAUGCAUUUGAGUGAUGUCUACAGUCAGGAACACGUGAUUCGGAAUUUAGAGGGCAUUGUCUGCUCCGACUAAUCCUCCUGAAAAUUCUUGCGGCACUCCUUAACUCGAGAAGUUGGAGGGACCGGGAAGGAGAAUCUUCAUCUUGCUGCAAUUCCAAGUGAAAGAUGUUAGUGGCCGCUGAACCCAUUUUUUGGGGGGAUGGGGAUUUGACACCACGAAGCCAUUGACUAGCCAUACAAACUUGAUUGCCUCAAAAGUGGCAUUGUCUUGACACACUGUAAAGAGCAAGGUUGCCAUAUUAGCAGCAGGUUGAAUGUGCUUUUGUGGCGAAACUUGAGUUGCUCUUGACACUUGAUCUUUUCGACGAGACACAUUAGAAAAGUUCAUUUUCCCUUUCAAGGCC